AUGUCGACCCGCCUUCUUGUGCAGGGUUCUUCGGAUGCACGUCGCCGUGGUUCACUCCUCCGGGGCGAUGACCACCAACGGCCUAGCACCUCCUAUGACAAUCAUGCGAAAAGGAACAGGAGACGCAAUCGUCGACAUGGAAAGGCUGAAGGAGGAAAGGACAGUUUGAAUGGUCAUACCGCACCUGUAGCGCCAGAAGUGGAUGGAUGGGUGUCUGUAGACCCUGACAAUCGCCCAGUCGACGAGUCGAACAGGUGGGGAGGAAUUGACGAAAGUGCAUGGACAAGGCCUCCUUCCAAGCCGCAGACAAUGGAAGACAUCCUUGCCCACCAAGCACAUCUACACGAAGACCUCCUGCGGGAUUUAGUUCCCUACUGGCUUAAAGGGAUGGAAGCGGCGGAGAGGGGUGAAGAGCUCAAGCUGGAAGUUUUUCUGAACCAGAAGAUUGCGGAGAGGAAGGCGACAGGGUGGUACUGGACACAGAGUGACCUCGACAAGGAAGAGAAGCAACAGGGGGAUGGCUGGAGCAACCACAAGGCGUCUAACCACGACCCGGGAGAUGAUAAUGGCUGGGGACCUAACGCAGAAGUGUGGGGAGAUUCACCGGCCGCCACAUGGGGUUUAACUGGGAACGAUGACGAUGGUACGGGAAAUGGUCAAGCACGACGGACAGGCAACGACGGAGACGGUUGGGUUCAGUGGACCGAGAAGCGCAAGGGAGGGUGGAACCAACACGACAGGCGAAACCAGUAUCGGAGACGGAAUGAUGAAGAACGAGGGCGAAGAGGACGCCAGAGAGGAUAUUGA